AUGCGGUUACCCACGUUCGACGGAACAAUCGAACAUUGGUCCUCGUUUUACGACAUAUUUUCAUCUACCAUCGACCGCAACGAUGACUUGACGCUGGUCCAAAAACUACAAUAUUUACGAUCGACACUGACAGGUAAGGCAGCCGCGUGCAUUCAAUCAUCGAGUACCACCGACGUGAACUACACCGACGCACUACAAUUAUUAAAGGAAAAAUUUUAUUGUACGCGACGUAUCAUCUUGAGACACUGCGACGCGUUACGAAACAUCCCAAAACUCACACGGGACUCGCCGGAAGCAUUAGGGAAUCUCGUGGAUUCUAUAAACCAACAUCUACGCGCCCUGAAGAAUCUGGGAGAAUCCAUCUCGUCGUGGGACAGCAUCUUAGUGUCCAUUAUUCUAUCCAAGGUGAGCUCCGACACAGCGUGGUAUUGGGAAAUCACGCUAAAAGAUAAAAAACGCAUGCCAUCAUAUACCGAACUGCUCGAAUUCCUGGAGAAACAAUCCAAUUGUGCACCAGCAUCGCCAACAGCUUCGCCAAGGCCGCCGAGACCAGAGAGCCCGCGAACACAACGACCAGGACCAUCACGAGUACACGUUUUCGUAAGCGUGAACCAACAAAAAUGUCCCAUCUGUGAGGGCAAACAUGGGAUUUGGAGCUGCAACGAAUUCCAUGCAAGAUCGGUGAAGGGACGAUCAACCGCCGUCGAGCAGGCCUCCCUAUGUAGAAAUUGCCCGAAGAAGGGACACACGCCGGAAUUCUGCCGGGCUAGCUUGUGUCGAAUCUGCCAAAAACGGCACCACACGCUUCUCCACGAGUCAACACCGCUUCCAGAUGACGCAACCCGAUCAAUUCCAACCGCAGGGACAUCACGGAAGAGAUCGGAAACCGUCGUUCCACUACCAUCAACGUCGGCACGACCAGAAACUCAAGAGACACCGAUAAACACGAAAGAUCCAAACAUCUUCAUCGCCGAUUCAACCACAAACGAUUUACUAGUCACAGCAGAAAUUAGUAUUUUAGACAAGGAUAAUCACCCAAUACGCUGUCGCGUCUUGAUGGAUACGGGCGCGACAACAAACUUCAUAACGGAAAACCUUGCAAAACGACUCGGCGUGUCUCAAAGGAGAUGUUUCAUUCCUAUCGGUGCUCUCAAUACUCUCUCGACCGUAGCAAAACAUAUACUUGACGCCACCGUAACAUCCGACAAAACCAACUACACGCGUACUAUUACUUUCUUGACGAUACCCAGCAUAUCAUCGCAAAUACCAAACCAGACAAUCGACUGCUCCGCACUAAAGAUUCCACGCAAUAUUAGAUUAGCCGAUCCACAUUUUUACCGUCCAGUACCAGUCGAGGCACUCUUAGGCGUAGGAGUUACACUUUCUUUGUUCUGUGUCGGCCAAAUCAAUCUUUCAACUCCCAACAGUCCCGACCUAUAA